CACUACGGAGGGGCGAUGGAGGUAGCGACGUACUACGGGCCAGACACAUACGGGCAGGAGGUUCGUCUUCCCAGCGUUUCGAGAAAGAAGGUCCCUCCAGUGCCAAAGGCUUCUGACUGGAAAGUGAGAGUGUACUCGACAAGUUACAGCCCGUUCCAGAGAGUCCCUGAUGUGUCGCACAUGAACUUUGUUGGGCAAGCAAGCGUAAAGUACAUUUGCUUCCGCAGCCUCAACGAAAUCCGAAGGAUAGUUCCCAACACCCCAGGAUCCAAGUACGCAUGGCAAAUCUACGGAAAGGUCAGGGUGCGUCACGGAGGAGACUACUCGUUCUGUACUGAAUCAGAUGAUGGUUCAAAGAUCUACCUCGAGAAGAAGUUGAUAGUUGACAACGACGGUCUUCAUGGAGCACUGAAACGAUGUGGGCGGGUCCACCUAAACCCUGGACUGCACGACCUGGUCCUUGUGGGUUUCCAGAACUACGGCGGAAUCUACCAAGACCUCACCUACUCCGGCCCUGACACCGGGAACCAUGAGAUCUAUGUCAAGAGCGAAUCCUCAAGCAAUGCUCCGUCGAACGUGAAUGGGAAGGAGGGUGAGUUCGGUACUUGGCCUCCUAGGUAAGGAAUCAGAGGAAUGCAUGGAGGCAUGUUUGCCUGCUCAAGUUCACUCUUGUUAUGCCAUCUCGGAUGGUUGUUGUCUUCAUCGUUGUGUGCUUUGUUUUAUUCCAUGAAAAGGUUAUUCUGCUG